AAUGAACUACGUUUAGUCUUCCCUCAAAGUCAAUACUCUGACUCUUCCUUCCCACGAAGCUCCAAGCCUCCAACGCGGUGCUUCGCAGAGAUAAUGCACAGACCCCAAAGACUCCAUCUAAAUUGGGAAAAUUGCACAAGAGUCAACCAACUCUAGCAUGCCACUCUCGCCGUGAAAUGACGUCGCCACAACCGGCGCAUCCAUCGUCGACGUCGGCGGCAAUAGAAUCCAUCAAGCGCUCGCUCUCCGAGCUCUGCGUCUCCGCCGACGAGCACCGUUUCUCGUUCGAGAACCCUCGCCGGUUCUCGGCCUUCGCGAACCGACUCCAGGUCCUCCUCAUCCAUCAGCUCCUCCGCUCGGUCCAGUCGUCGGACUCCCUCCCCGCCGCUGCAACCACCGCGCUCAAGGGCGUCGCCGCAGACCUCAGCGCCGCCGCAGAGACGACGUUGCUCUACGCCAAGCGCAGCAAGAUCUUCGUCCUCGUCCACUGCCAGUCCCUCCGCGAAUCCCUCCAGAAGCACACGCUCGCCAUCGCCGCGUGGCUCGCCCUCCUCGACUCCGCGCUCGCCGACCUCCCUGAUCUCCGCAAGAAAAUUGCCGAUCUCUCCCGAGACAUGAAGCAAGCUCAAUUCAUCGUAACAGAGAACGAGGAGCGAGUGCAAUGCACGCUACAGAAGGAGGGGCAAGGGAGACGAACGAGCAAAGCAGUACAGAGCGCGAUAAUCAUGGACUUAGCGCGAGCUCUCGGGAUCGACUCUGAUAACUUCUCCGAGAUAUCGGUGCAGGUCAAGCUCUUCAAGGCGGAUCUGACUCAGUCCAGUUCCGUGUCGGAGAGGCGGAUUCUGGCCUCUCUCGAGACGAUUCUCAGCAACCUCGCGGUCCAGCCCGAUAUCGUGACGCAGAAGCUGGAUUUGGAUUUCGAAGAACACGACUCGGUAUCGGUGCCGCAGAUAUCGUUGCCGUUCAAGAAUUUUCUGUGUCCGUUGACGAAGGAGGUCAUGAAGGAGCCGGUGGUGCUGGAGUCGUCUCAGAACUACGAGCGCUCCGCGAUCAAGUACUGGUUCGAGCGCUGCAUAGAGGACGGUCGUGACCCGAGCUGCCCAGUCACCGGGCAGGUGCUGGAGUCGCUGGAGUUGAAGCCGAAUAUCGGGCUGGCCGGCGCGAUCGAGGAAUGGGUGAACCGGAAUAUCGAGGUACAGGUUAACUCGGCGGCGCAGAGGCUUGGGGAGGAGUCAAUUUCGGUGGAUAAUCAUGAUGGCCUUGAGAAGGUGCUGGAUAGUGUGUACAAGAUUUCGGAGGAGUACCCCAGUAGUAGGUACAAAGUGAGGAAUGCUGGGAUUGUUGAGCUUGUUAUGAACUUGCUUAAGAAUAGUUCCAAGAGUAUUGGGACACAUUUGAGGAGCAAGGCGCUUAUGAUUUUGCUUACAAUGGCCAAGGAUGAAGAAAGCAAGAAAAUAAUGCUUGAAGAUGGUAUCACUAGAUUGGCCAUACAUAGUCUUAUUGGGAGCUCAGAGAAAGAGAGAGAGUAUGCUGUCAAGUUAUUACUUGAAUUCUCUAGGGAUGAAGCUUGUUGCAUAAAAAUUGCAUCAGAAAAAGGUGCUUUAGUUCUUCUCUCAAGCAUGGUAGGAAAUCCGGAGCAUCCUGCUUUAUCCAAUCUAGCCGAGGAGGUCUUGAAGCAGAUGGAGAGGGUGGAGGAUAAUAUUCAGCCUUUAGCAGUAGCUGGGAGAUUUGAACCCUUACUUAGUCGGCUUUGUGAAGGUUCUGAUGAUGUAAAAAUAGAGAUGGCAUCUAUUUUGGGUAGGAUGACCCUGACAAAUACCAGCAAAGAACAAAUUGCAAGGCAAAGUGCUCGAAUACUAGUUGAAUUGCUAUCUAAUCCAGAUGGAAGGGCGCCAAGCUUGCAAGCAUUGUGUAACUUGUCAGGGUUUGAUGACAAUGCUACUAUCCUUGUUGACUGUGCUGGGCUUCCAGCUCUUACAGAUAUUCUGUUUGCAAAUCAGGAUACUUCACCUGACUUGAAGGAAUUGGCUGCAUCAACAAUUGCCAACAUUGUUUCAAAUCCAGGGCACUGGGAGUUGGCAUCUGUUAACAAGGAAGGACAUUUAAUGCAGUCAGAAUCAUUUAUAUUUAGUCUUUUGAGGCUUCUAUCUGGUGUAUCCCUUCAAUGCCAAGUGUCUAUUCUCCGUAUCCUAUAUGGAAUUGCAUCAUCUCCCCAGGCAUCAGAGUUGGUAACUUCUAAUAUAAAAUCUGGUGAAGGCAUCAAAACCAUUACAUCAUUUAUUGAACACCCAGAAGUUGAACACAGAAUUUAUGCUUUCAAGCUUACAAGAGUACUCUCAGAAAGGUUUGGCCAAGAUCUAGCAAGUGAGCUAAGACCUAACAAGCUUCCCCUGUUCAAAGACAAACUCUUAGACAACCAAUCUACAGAAGGUGAGCGAUCUGAUGCUGCAUGUAUACUUGCUAACCUUUCCCUAUCAUCAGAAGAAGUGAAAACACUACUAGGAGCUAGUUUUGUAAGAUGGACUGUUACUACUCUCAAGACCCAAAGGCGCAGUUCCAAUGGGAGGGUUUCUCGACCUGUAUUAAGGAUGGUGGAGGGGCUUCUUGGACUUCUACUUCACUUCACAAGGAGUCUUGAUUUGCAAACUCUUAGUAUUGUCAGAGAGCAUCGCCUUAUGACCAUUUUCUGUGAGCAGCUUCAGUUUCCUUCAAAACCAAGAGUGAAACAACUAGCUGCCCUUGGAUUGAAGAACUUAUCGGAGUGUGGAAGGUCACUUGCUGCUGCGGACUCAGAACCAACUCCUCCCAAUGGAUUCUGCUCUCCUUUAGUAUUCAUGUGUGGGAGGGCUUCUAAUAAAGCUUCUGGAUGUCCUAUACAUAAUGCUGCAUGUGAAGAAGAUAGUCAGUUGUGCUUGCACAAGAGCAACUGUAUCAAAUCCCUGGUUGAUCUUCUUGCAGAUGAGGACACUGGUGUUCAGAUUGCUGCAGUGGAGGCCCUUUCCACCCUUGUUUUAGAUACCUCUAGCAGUUUCAAGAGAGCAGUUGAUGAGCUUGAACAGCAGGGUGCAAUCGAUGCCCUGAUCACUCUUUUCACCGAAGUUAGACCCGGAGAGCUUCAAGAGAAAACAAUUUGGAUGAUAGAGAGGAUAUUGAGAGUGGAAAACCAGAAUCAGCAGCUGGGGCUCAACCAGUCUUUGGUUAGGGCAUUGGUGGAAGCCUUGAAACAUGGGAAUGCCAACACAAAGAGGCAUGCUCAGGAUGCCCUAACCAACCUAAAGCAGAUAUCAGGUGUUAGUGGAAAGGCCUCUAGUCAAGCUCGGUCAUGGAGGUAGCUUCCGGUGACAAACCGUGGUUAUACACUUGCACGGUGUCGAUGUUGUAUAAUUAAACGAUAAUCUCACCCUGUAUAGUUAGUCAAAACUGGCCCAAUUGUAUUCUUUGUUGUAAGGAAUUACUGUAUGAUGUUUUUUAAGGUAUCAGCCAAGUUGUUAUAGGUUAAAUCCGUUCCUCUCUUUCGGGAAUUCUUAAUAAUCUGAGAUUGGAAAUAAUGGUCUGGGAUGGGAUGGACUCAAACUGUUAGGAUUUACUACAGGUUUGCUUCAUAAUGUAACACGUUUUGUUAUUUGUUAAAUCUGCUCAAUUGCAUUC